CGCAAAUCGCAGCUCAACGACUCAACAGCUCCACCUUCUCCGGCGCCACCCUUCUCCAGUUCUAUAUUUGUCGGUCCCACCGUUUGAUUAUCUCUUUCAGCCCUCAAGUAUACUCAUCGAAAACCUUCUUCUCUUUAACCACUUCACCCCUUCCUAACGCAGACCUCUGGGUUUCAUCCUCUGGAUUUCAAAAUCUGGGUUUAAUCCUCUCUAUCAUUCUCUCUAAGGUAUUAGCCCAAACUGCCGACUCUUCCAAAGAAGUUUGAUUAAAACUGCCGACUCUUCCAAAGAAGCUGAUUGAUAUAAAGCUUCCAAAGUAUUUUCACGAUCAGACAAACUUAACCAAAUUGAGCAUCUGUUUGGGUGUGGAGGAAAAAAACAAUGGAAGCACAAUCAAUUGUGAAGUCAAGUAUUUACCUUUCCUUUAUUAUGUACGGCUCCAAACAUUAAUCGUGUAUUGGACAUAGCUCAAGAACACAGUGUGAGCAGCUACAUGUUGCAGAGAAAUCGAGGUAUCCACAAGCCAGUCAAAGUUGAUGACAGCCCUUCAAUGAUAGCUGAAAAUGGUGUGAGUAGCUCCAGCUUGUGCGAGCAUGAAAAAGUAUUGCAGGCACUGCGGACCGCUCAUGCAACAGCAGGAUAUAUUAAUGCUGCGAUGCAGAGAGCUCCCAGGAUCUCAGGCAGAGUUAUUCAAGCACAGAUGGAUACAGCAUUUACUAAUUCUAAGAUGCAGAGAAUUCGUGGGAACUCAGGCACAGUUAAGGUGGAGAGAGAUGGAUUUCUCAACAAGUCAGAAGACAAAGCUGGCAGAACUUUGAUGAUAGCAACAAGCAUGGAUCCUGAUUUGUACAAGGCUAUAACAGAUAGGGACAUUGAUUUAAUCCAAAAAAGAAGGCAUGAUAUGGAACUUUCUCCUCUCUAUGACAAAACCCCUGAAUUGAAUACAAUCCUUCAUCUUGCUGCUGCAAGCUCAGACGAUGAAGAGUUUGUACAAGCAAUCCUCAGGAUCCAACUGUGCCAAAAAUUUGUCACAGAAAAGAACUCCAGCGGCAACCUUCCUCUUCAUGAAGUAGUAAAUGCUGGCCAUUUGCAUAUAGUGAAACUUUUGGUCAUAUGGACUUACCAGCAGCUGCAAGAUCCCUCUACUGGACCAUUGAGGGAGAAAAAUAAGGAGGAUAAUACUCCUCUUUACCUGCCCUUAAUUAACAAAUACCAAGCUGUGGGUUGUAACUUGGCCUUGGAAUCCAAGUACAAUGAAAUGGCCAAGUUCUUUGUACUUGGAUUGAUUUAUAGUUUUGGAUUGAUUUAUGACUAUUAUGCUACUAUUUUAAAGUUGAGUAUGGACAUUUUUAGUAAUGUUCACUUUCAUUAAGUGUUGUUUCU